GAUAAAUAUUAGUAAGUUAGGUUAGGUUAAAAGUUUGUAUGUUCAUUAACAAUGUAAUAGCAAUUUUGUUACAAUGGCAUUCCUUGGAGUAAUUUUAGCCCUAAAUAGCAGAAGCAAAAGAUACAGAGAAAGGUACGCCCACAGAAGGUACCUCACAGACUCAAACGACGUGUGGCACAUAAGCGAUGAACUAUUUAUCAAACACUUUCGUUUAUCGAAACAGUCGGUCAAGAGUCUAAUACAACAAUUACAACCACACGUAGAGUCCAGGGCAAGAUGGGCUAUCCCGUUUCACCUACAGGUGCUUGCAGCAUUAAAUUUCUUCGGUCACGGUUGUUUUCAAUCGGCUGUUGGAAGUUCCUAUUUGAAUAACAUGAGUCAGUCUUCGGUCAGUCGUUGUAUAAAAACAGUUACUGAUUUGAUUCUAAAACAUGUUGCACCCAAGUAUAUUAGUUUUCCCAUGACGACGAUGCAGAAAAUGGAAACUAAGAAGCAGUUUUAUAACAAGUACGGCAUGUCUGGCAUUAUCGGGUGCCUAGAUUGUACUCAUAUAAAUAUAACAGUCCCCCAGAAGGAUCACCCCGAGAAUCCGGCAGUUCUUUUCUUGAACAAGAAGGGUUCUUAUUCGCUCAAUGUCGAAGUGAUAUGUGAUGCCGAUGAAAGGGUGAUAUUUGCAAGCACCACAUAUGGUGGCUCUGCGAGUGAUGCUGCCAUUUGGCAAAAAUCACCUAUUCGAGCCCUACUACACAAAAAUGCUGAAGACGAGACUUAUAUAAUAGGAGACUCCAGUUACCCAUCAGAAAAGUAUCUACUCACACCUUACAGGACACCGAAAAACCCCACCGAGGAGAACUACAACAAAUGCCUUCAAAAAACAAGACAAGUGAUGGACAGGACUUUGGGUGCUAUUAAAAAUCGUUUUCGGUGUCUGCAUCCUCAAAAAAUUUUGCAUUACACACCAGAUGUUGCAGGCAAAAUCGUCUAUGCAGUUUUUACUCUGCAUAAUAUUUGCAGAGAGCAUGACGAUCCUAUCGAUUGUGUUCUUGAAGAAGAUGAUAAUGCAGAUGAUGCAUUUGAUGGUGUAGAAGAUGUGUCGGUUAGGAAUAAUUAUGCAAGAAGAUAUUUUCAGCAAUAAACAAAGAAC